AUGAGGCACCGCGACCUCGGCCUAGAGCAGGAGAAGGAACAGAGGGACACUCCCUUUGGACAGAUGCCAGUGAUAGAAUUCAAUGGCAAGCAGUAUGCUCAGAGCAUCGCCAUCGCUCGGUACCUGGGCAACAAGUACGGUCUGGCUGGAGAGACCCUUGAGGACAAACUGGAGAUCGACCAGAACGUCUACCUCAUCAAUGAUCUUCGUACGAAGGCUGCGUCGGCAAAUUACGAAAAGGAUGAGGUGAUCAAGGAGCAGAAAUACAAAGAGUUCUCCGAAGGAGUUUUCCCAGACUCCCUGGAAAGGAUAAAUGCUCUCAUCAUUAAGAACAAUGGCUACAUCGCUUUAGGAAAGGUCGUGGACAGAGUAUAUUCUUUACCCAGCGUCAAGGCUUAUGCUAAUGCAGUUUCUGCAUAG